AUGAGUAUAUCAGCACAACCAAUCACAAUUACAAGUGAAAAAGUUUUGAAAACCUAAGGGGAUAGUUCAGAGAAUGUGUUACCUGAUUCUGAUUAGGAGGAUAAUAUGUAGAGCCCUUUUUAAAAAGAAACUCCAUCCUCUUCCUCACAGCCUCUCAAACAUAUAAGCUUUAGUGGAACCGAUCAAAUAUGUUAUUUUCCCAAAAGUGGUAAAAAAGAUUUCUCACCCUCACCAACCAGAAAGAGCUCCUCAUCAAUUUAAUCAAUAUUGAAAAAUAAAGACAAAGUAAUUUGUUUGACUGACGAUAAAUGACUUAUUAUUUUUAUGUUUAUCUAAUUUACAUUAAUU